GGGAGGUGUGUAGUAUUAAUUGAUAUUAAGACUAUAAAUAAAAAUGAUUUCUAAAAUCAUUUGCCAUUAAAUUACGUGACGAAAGAUAAGUCACAUAUCAACAUAUAAAGAACAUACAAACACCAUGUCACCAUGCUUCGAGCACUUUCGAUUCUAGUUUUAUUUGCCGCGUGGAUAGAAGAUUCAUUACAAAAUACUAUAUCAUUGAAAGCAUACGAUACAAUACGAGAUGGGAAUCAAACAUACAGGACACCACAAGUAGUCGAUCAGAAAAUAUUACUGAACAAAGAUAUUGUGGACGACGGCAAUAGAUGGACGAUUAUGGAAACUAAGUACAGCCCAGGUGUCAACGAGCCAACACGAAGAACGUACAUAAAAAAAAUUCUUUCCGAAGAUAUUUAUCAACCAUGGUCUGUUCAAAACAUGACCCGAAAGCUGUCGAAUAAUGCCCGUAGAAGACAAUUAAAUAGUGACAAAAAUAUAAAAUUACUCUUCCUUCCAUUAUGGGCACCACGAUAUUCAUAUGAUAGUGAAAUAGUUUUACUAGGAUAUAAAAAGAAAAGGAAGAAAAAAGGAAAAAAUCCACCGAAACCAUCGAAACCACCGAAACCAACGAAACCACCGAAACCAACGAAACCACCGAAACCACCGAAACCAACGAAACCAACGAAACCAACGACACCAGACUCUGAAACAACGAGUAAAGAGGGUUCCAAAUACCAGGUAAACGUGACUAUUGGUUUUAAUAGCAAUACUGAGGAUACCGAAUCUGGAUCAAGGGAGACUAUCCCCUUAGCAAAAUAUCGACCUCCUGUACCUAACUAUAGAUCACCCUUCUAUAACCCACAUAUACAUUAUCAGAAAUAAAGCAUAUAAAUAUA